ACCUACUCUGUGUGUUGUAAUAACUAUUCCCCACAAGAGGGACCCCCUCCCUAAAAUAGUUCAUUGAUCCUCCAUAUCCCCUCCCCUCCUCUCAAUGCAGUAGUUUCUACUACCCCUAUGGCAUGCUUAGACAUGUACUCCUCCUCCGCCACUUCCUCCUCCUCCGCCUCCGCCUCCGCCAACCAAAACUCCGACCACAAAUCCCUCCCAUGCAGCAGCCCAAGAAUCUCCUUCUCCAACGACUUCGCCGAAUCCAACCACCACCACCACCACCACCACCACCACCACCACAAACCCAGAUCCGACCACCCCCCGCCGCCGCCCUCCGACUUCGAAUUCUCCUCCGUUUCGAACCACUCGAUGAUGAGCGCCGACGAGUUGUUCUCCAAGGGCCGGUUGUUGCCCUUCAAGAAACCCACUACUCUGAGGGAGGAGCUGCUUACGGGAGAUGACGACGACGAUGACGAUGGUGGGUUUUCGCUGCGGCCGCCCAAGGGCUCGGGUUCGGGUUCGACGCGGUGGAAGGAGAUUUUGGGUUUGAAGAAGAGCCACAUUGGGUCGAGGAAAACGGGUAAGGGAGAUGGGUGUGGGGAGAGGAGGCCGGGUCUGGGUCGUGAUCCGGAGGCGCAUGUUACCAAGAGCUCACAGGAACUAUUGAACGAUGGACGGUCGAGCAGCAGAGAUGUGGAAUUUGGGAUGUGAUUUGAUGAUGCAAUUGUUUGAGGCUUAUUUAUGAUGACUUGAUGAGUUUGUAGAGUAUUGUGGGGGUGUUUUUUUUUUUUUGGGAAUUUUUGCAGAAGAUGAAAAUGGGUUACUUCUGUUUUAUAGAGGGGUUUGGGUGAAUUCGGGAGGCCUAAUUUGUGGGAAUGGUGUAUUGGGUUGGAUUUAACUUUUUUGAUUCACAUCUACCUUUGUUUUGGAGUUUUUUUCGUGUCCUUUUUCUCUUCCCCAAUUUCCUAGAAGUUGGUGUUUUGGCUUUCUCUGUACAAAGUGUUUGCAAUUGGAAAACUUCUUUGUGAUCUUGAGUUGAUA